CAUUGACAUUGUAGGAGAAGAUAAAGCAAGCGAAGUCUUCUCAGCCUGCUUUGCGUGAAGAUGCCGCUUUGACUGCUGGUUUGUCUGCUGCUGACGCCGAUAAAAUGAUAAAAAAACUGAAGCAGAGGCAAGAUAUAUUGGUGACACUGAAGGCCAAACCUCCGAGAAAAGGGAAAGCAAUUCUUCGCCCACGACAAAGCUUGUCAGAUCUUCUAGAUAGAUCAGAAGCUUCACAAUUUGCUGAAGGAUCGCGCGAAGCAAGCCAGGACAUUUCAGGUCAUAUCUUUGGGAUGAUGUCCACUAUAUUGUGCGAGGUGGAUGAAAUGGUGCGCUCUCUGCCUACUCGUGAGGUCACGCAGCCCGUAGUGGAUCAGGAACUGAGCAAGUUGGCUGCUGCCACUUUUCCAGACCCAGUCCAGGAGUUAUUCCGGACUGAUUAUGUGCGUGCAGCGAAGGGAUUACUUAGUCAAAUCCUCAAGAACAAUGACAAAGUCAUUGUAGAGGUCAGUCAGCAGCAGCAGUUAGAGGGGAAUGGGAAGGAGCAGCAGCAGCAGCCAGAGGGGCAGCCAGAGGGGAAGGGGAAGGAGGCUGCUAGCACAGAGAAAAAUCCGUAUGAAGAUGACUAUGAUGUAAAUGCGUUUUUAUACCCUCUAUUAGAUUAGCAGCAGUACUGGUGGUAAUUUGGAAUUUCAUACUUUUGGUUGAUGGUUUAGUAAGCCAGUGAAUAUUCUAACUUUUGGUGGAUGGAUGAAUUUCUAACUUUUGGUGGAUGGUUUAAAUAUUUAAGUAUAUUAUCUGUAGUUAAGUUGAUUAGUUUGGUAUUUUUUUGUUGGCAAUUUGGCUUUAAAUUUUUAAGUUUUUUUUAUUGUUAUUUUGGAUGUCGU